GGCCUGAGGCGACAGAUUCCGGAAAGGGAAAGAGCAGCCAAUAUGGCGGCGGAGCGCGGCGCGGGGCAGCAACAGUCGCAGGAGAUGAUGGAGGUUGACAGGCGGGUUGAAUCUGAAGAAUCAGGUGAUGAGGAAGGGAAGAAGCAAGGCGGCGGCAUCGUGGCAGACCUCAGCGAGCAGAGCCUGAAGGAUGGAGAACGGGGCGCACAAGACCCGGAAGAGGAACAUGAGCUGGCAGUAGAUAUGGAAACCAUCAACCUGGACCGAGAUGCAGAGGAUGUUGAUCUGAAUCACUAUCGAAUUGGAAAGAUUGAAGGCUUUGAGGUGCUAAAGAAAGUGAAGUCACUCUGCCUUCGUCAAAACCUAAUUAAAUGCAUUGAAAACCUGGAAGAACUGCAGAGUCUUCGGGAACUGGAUCUCUAUGAUAAUCAGAUCAAGAAGAUUGAGAAUCUUGAGGCACUGACAGAAUUGGAGGUUCUAGAUAUUUCUUUUAAUUUGCUGAGGAACAUUGAAGGGAUUGACAAACUGACACAGCUGAAAAAACUCUUCUUGGUCAACAAUAAAAUCAAUAAAAUUGAGAACAUAAGCAACUUACAUCAACUGCAAAUGUUGGAGCUGGGGUCUAACCGGAUUCGGGCAAUUGAAAAUAUCGACACGUUAACCAACCUGGAGAGUUUGUUUCUGGGGAAAAACAAAAUUACAAAACUUCAGAACCUGGAUGCACUUACCAACCUGACAGUCCUCAGUAUGCAGAGCAACCGGCUAACAAAGAUCGAAGGUCUACAGAGCUUGGUGAACCUGCGUGAACUAUACCUCAGCCACAAUGGCAUCGAGGUUAUCGAGGGCCUGGAGAACAACAACAAACUCACCAUGUUGGAUAUUGCAUCAAAUAGAAUAAAAAAGAUAGAGAAUAUCAGCCAUCUGACAGAACUGCAAGAGUUCUGGAUGAAUGACAAUCUACUGGAGAGCUGGAGUGACCUUGAUGAGCUGAAGGGUGCCAGAAGUCUGGAGACCGUGUACCUGGAACGCAACCCCCUGCAGAAGGAUCCACAAUACCGGCGGAAGGUCAUGCUGGCCUUACCCUCUGUGCGGCAGAUCGACGCCACAUACGUCAGGUUCUGAGCCCUCCUUGCUCCUCACCUGGUCCCUCUCCUCAAAAGAACUUCCCAGCCACGGUUUUUUAAUCUACCUAUUGCUCCUGAAGUCGUCACUAUACCAACAGUCACAACCCAAUGGCAAUAAUAAGGCACUGGUGGUAACUGGCCUGUGAUGCUACACACCAUUUGGAGAUGCCAACACUAUUAAAUCUUGCCACGCGGUCUUCCUGGUGAA